ACCUUUGUGUACUACUCCUGCACUGCAGGAAUAACAUGGGUGGCACAGCGAAGUGGGCGUUUUGUGUGAUGGGCGUAUCGGGUGGUGGGCGUGGCGAGUGACGUUUCAAUGUACCCGCAGAAAGAAAGAAGCCAUUGGCCACCAGUGCUCUUCGCUCUUCGACCCUUUUCUCAUGACGUAUUUUUCAGGCGCCUGAGCACUGCGCGAACUUUGAAGAUGGAGGAUGGAUCCUAUUGCACUUUAGUCUGUCUGUAUAAUUCCGUAUCUUCGAAUAACCUUGAAACAUAGUCUCGAUAUAUACGUAGGAUUCUACAUCGAUGGAGUAUGGAAAAGACAGGGUGGUGGCGUUGGUAGACAUGGAUUGCUUCUACGUGGCAGUUGAGCAAAGAAUCAACCCAGCUUUGAAGAAUACACCCUGUGUGGUAGCGCAAUACAAAACGUGGAAGGGAGGCGGCAUUAUAGCGGUGAGUUACGAGGCAAGGGCGUGCGGUGUCACUCGCAACAUGUGGGCGGACGAUGCAAAGAAACUGUGCCCAGACCUCCGUGUGGCACGAGUCCGAGAGGCCCACGGCAAGGCCGAUCUCACGCAUUACAGGGAGGCAAGUGUGGAGGUGAUCGAAGUGAUGUCGCGCUUUGCAGUCAUAGAGAGAGCGAGUAUUGACGAGGCGUACAUGGAUCUUACUGAUGCGGUUCAACUCCGGCUGAAGAACAUGACGGCGGGCGAGCGGAUGGAUCCAGACCUACUGCGGAAUACCUUCAUCCAGGGGUUCCCACUUGCUCAGGCUUCCCCUGAGCAAGGAGUUUCUUCAGAGUCCCUGGACAAAGAGGAGCAGCGCUCCAGGGGCCUACAACAGUGGCUGGAGACCGUCCCCCCAGCCCCGUCGGAGGGCCGUAGCUCUGCAGAGCUCCAGCUAGCCGUGGGGGCCGCCAUCGUGGAGGAGAUGAGGGCGGCCGUGGAGCAGCACACCGGCUUCCGCUGCUCGGCGGGAAUAUCCCACAAUAAGAUUCUGGCCAAAUUGUCCUGUGCUUUCAAUAAGCCCAACCGACAAACGGUGCUGCCCAUGGACUCUGUGGAAGAGCUGUUCAGCUCUCUACCUGUAAGUAAGAUUCGCAAUCUGGGAGGGAAGCUGGGGGUGUCCAUCACAGAGACUCUCGGUGUGGAGAACAUGGGAGAGCUCACCCAGUUCUCCAAGGUUCAGCUGGGACAGCACUUUGGAGACAAAACGGGUCAGUGGCUCUAUGACUUGUCACGGGGGGUUGAUUUUGAAACAGUGAAACCCAGGCAGCUCCCAAAGUCGAUUGGCUGCAGCAAAAACUUUGCUGGAAAUUCUUCGCUAGGGACGAUUGAGCAGGUGAAACACUGGCUGCACCAGCUGGCCCUGGAGUUGGAGGAGAGGUUGACCAAGGACCGAGACAUGAACGGGCGGGUUGCUAGGCAGUUGACGGUGGGCGUCCGACAGCUCGGAGACAAAAAGCCCAGCAGCUUCUCCCGCUGCUGCCCGCUGGUCCGCUACGACGUCGCCAAGAUAUCCGGCGACAGCUUCGCCAUCAUCAAGAGCCUCAACGCAGCGGGCCACCACCAGGCAGCAUGGAGUCCAGCUCUCACCCUGCUCCACAUUUCCGCCAGCAAGUUCAGCGACACCCCCUUAGCUGGAGGAGGGAUAGCCGGCUUCCUGUCUAGUGAUGUCACUUCCUCCCAGGCCCUUUUCCCUGCCAGUGUUUCCCAAGGGGGGCUCGUGUCCUCCGGGCUGAGAAGCAGGAGCAGCAGCAGUGGCGGUACUCCCAGCAAACCCACCAUGAUCCAGUCUCUGUUCCAAAGAGCUGCUGAGAAACAGAGGCAGAGGACUGAAGGAGAAGAGGAGGAGGAGGAGGAAGGGAAGGAUGAAGAUGGAGAUCAGGAAUGUUCUGCGGUUUUACUCCCUCCACCCGCUUCUCGUUCGGUGGCUCCCUCCAGCGAUCAGUCGGAGACAGAGGCUCUAGCUCCAAGCUCCUCCACAACACUUUCCUCCUCUCACACCUCACCAGCGAAGGGCUCCGACGGUGGCAUCUCGUCUUUCUUUCAAAGGAAAAGCAUCGAGAGACGGUUACAAACGGCAGGCACGUCGAGCAAGGGCCAACGUGUUACAACUGGCCCAAUAGAGAUCGUCGGGGCGGUUGCCUCAGCCCUUCAGCCAGAGCAGAACUCACAACCUCCCGCUCGCCCUCCUAAGGGUCAAGAGUCGAGCGUAGUGCCGGGUUCAGACGAUGGACCUCCCCCUUCUCCUGGGGACCCUGGAGCCGGCCCGGACGACGAGGACCUGGUGGCCUGCGAGCACUGUGGCCACCGGGUGCUGGCCUGGGAUAUGCCCGAGCACAGUGACUACCACUUUGCUCUGGACCUCCAGAAGUCCUUCGCCUCUCCCUCCUCCACCACCACCACCACGGUUAGCCCCUCUCUGUCCGCUGCCUCUCCGCCGCCCGCCGCAACGGGAGCUUCCGCAACGAACCAGGCGACCCGGGGGAAGUCGAAGUCCAGAGGACAGUCUGGACCCCAGUCGAAAAGACCCCGACCCCAAGGGGGGCCCUUGGAUUCUUUCUUUAAGAAGAACUGAGGAUGCGUUGUUGUGGGCCACGCUACCCAAGCGAAUAGGGGUUAUGGGUUUCCAUGAAGAAUGACUUGACUUUCUAUCAUAGUUUUUAGUCUUUAGGUUUAUCUUGAAUGUCUACAUACUAAAAUGAAAUGCACUAUUUGAUACGACAACUAGACUGGGAUAUUAAACUUCUUUGGAUAUUUAUAUAUUUUUGUAUGGAGUCUCGAUUAAAGAAAAUGGUGUACAAAUAAAACAAGCAUAUUGUCAACCUUA